GUGGGACUCGGGACUGCGGCGGCGACCACACGGGUGCGAAAAAUUUGCUGCCGGGCCUCGCUCGAAAGUCUUUCUUUUUUGGCGGGACUCGCCGGCGUGUGCUGGCGCUUGUCCUCGAUCGAGGCCGUCUUUACCGGAGGUCCCGCUUGGGCCGCUUUGUCCUCACGAGAAGGAAAACGUUUGUCCUCACGAGAAGGAAAAGAUGCACCCGGUGGGCCCAUGGCUGGUGCUGGUUCUUCUCGCGAGCGAGGCAGCACUGGGAGCGCGCGUCGGGGGCCUAGACUUGUCCGACCUGUGGAAGCGGGGCCCGCUGGCCCUGCGCAGCCGUCCGCUGCCGUCGCUGAGCAUGCACAAUCGGGACCACAUGCCUUCGCUGUCUAUCGUCUCGCCGCUGGACGUGCUGCGUGACAAAAUGAUGCAGGACAUCAUUGAGCGCAGCAUCAAGAACAAGAUCCAGGCAAACGACAAAAUCCUCAAGGACCUGGGAAAGCGCAGCGACCGGUCGACCUUUAAGGAAUCCUCAGAAGAACUUCUCUGAAGGCCGCCUCACAUGGACAAAAACUGAAUUCUAGGAACUCCGGGACGUAAAAAAAAUUCGAAGAAGAAAACUACACAACCCUCGUGGAAUCGUUUAAAUAACAGGGUUUAUUUCCCUUCUUUGCUCAGAAAUGAAUCUACACCUGCAAAAACUUUCGAGCAACCGCAAAAAGAAAAGCGGAUGCGAGACUUUCUCACACGUUCUACAGUGAAUCUUGAACGUCGCCUGAAUUUGCUAAACGCUGAGUGGAAAGUACGGAAGCAUGAUUUGGGAAAAGCGUUGUGAAUGCGGGCCCACCUGUCGGAGAUAACGCUUUCUCUUGGCAUUACAACAUUGUAAACAGUCUCUUUUCCGAAUUACACUUAGUUGCUGUGUAAACACCGGCGGCAUAGGAGUUAGCAAGCAGUGUCAUGUAAAAUGCCCUCCGCUUGCGCAACUUCAUUGCGGGUGCAGGCGCUGUACGCAUCAUUGGCGACGUCCCAAAAGCUUAGCUGUUCAAUGCACCACAAAGAUUGCAUUCAUCAGACCUCGCAAUGAGAUUAUCAUAGUCUGUAAAUAUUGAGCAUCGUGCAUAUAUCCUUAUUUAUGGAGCGCCUAUCUCACCCCUGAAACGCUCCUCGACUCGAAUUCCAUCCUUCACUUGACUGAGUUGAGCACUGCACCACUGCUCGACUGAUGCUGCGCUUCUAAAGAAUCACAUUAUUGCCGAUAUGCAGUGACUUGGUCUGCCAAGAGACGGCGCUUCCAUCGACUUUUUCAAGUCAAAGCGAAACAUUGAGGGAAAGAACGUUCUAGAAUGACACGGGGUGUACAAUAUGUUGUCGAGCUGUCUCGGCGAUAACCUUCGUCAAGGGAAAUAAAUUACAUGGCAAACCUUAUUUCCUACAAUACUGCUUCUGUGCCGAAUGAAAUGUUCUUCAGUUUACUUAAAUAAUUUACUCAAGGGUGCAAGCUCACCAUCUUUUGUCUAUGACAAUGAUAGUAAUACGCAGGUGUCGGAGGCGCUGCAGAGGUAAUUUACCAGAACACAAUGCAAGAGUCUGAGCUUUUAAUGUGUGAUCAGAUUUAUAUCUUCCAUUGCGGAAAAGCUUGCUUUGUUAUUCAGCAAGUCAAGCAUUUCUAUGCGGCCCUCUUUCUGUUCGUUUCCUAGUGUAAGAACACAUAGCAAGCGUACGGAACAGGUUGGAGCUAUCGCUAAUGAAGCCUGUCGGUCCACCGAUCCGAUGCGGGCUCAUUUACCGUCUGGAAAGAGACGCAACGGAAGCCCCAACAAAUCCCGCUCAUAAGAAUCGUCCUUAUCUGCGCGCUGUACUACGGCAGCAUAGAAUCUGGGUCUGUGCUAGCCGGGCCUCGAAUAAGCCUCAACGCUUCCCCCAGGAAAUAAACGACGCUGUUUGGGAAUAUCCACUGCUAACCGCUUUGCGAGCAAUAACUUGCUUUUCCUCGACACAGGUGGGGCCAGCAGGAACGAGACUGGAUGUAGCUCCCUUGCUGCUGUAUUAAGACUGUUCAUUAAACUUAUUUUGUUAACAUCGA